CGUGUCUGGCGCAAGAGCGGAUCAGCUUGGCGGUCGCUUUUGCGGAUCACUCCACGGGAGAAGACCUCCAACAACAAUGCCUGCCGCUCUGCAGCAGCGAGGUCAACCAGUCGAUGCGUGAUCCGAACAGACAGCGUCGACCAUCUUGAAAGCGCGAGCGAGCUUGCUUGCUGCCGGCUUGUUUGCUCGAAGCCACUGGCUAGAACUAGAACGGAUCGGAGUUGGUUUAUAUCAGAUCUGAUGCAGUUGUGUGCCACAAAGGACGAGCAGUAAGCAAAUGACACAGACCAGUCCGUCCGCCAUGGAGAGCCCGACACCGCCUGUGGCGCCCACUUUGACGAUCGGGUAUGUUCUUGCAAGCCCAACUGCGCAAAACGAUGGUAUCGCCCUGGGCUUGGCGAGCGUCUACACGGUCGACCUGGUCAUCUCCUCGGUGUCGUUGGCCGCUGCAAUUGGGAUGCUGACCGGUUGCUAUCUCAUCAGCGCCGGCAGAGAUUCUGGCGCUCGGCUUCGGCAAAGGCUCAUCAUGAGUCUCGCACUGUCAGACAUUGUGGAUUCUGCCGUCAUUAUCGCGACAACAUCCAGAGGGGUUGACCACCCGCUGAGCUCCUUCUCGCCUGGCUGCAAUGCCGCCGGUUUCUUGUAUCAAACGGCAACGCUUGUCAACGACUUUUGCUUGAUCGCCAUCGCUACAGCGACAUACCUCAUCGUGACCCACCCGCUCUCGGUUUUUACACAACGCAUGACGCAGACCAGAUGGGUUAUCGUUCUCAAUGUCUUCAUGUGGGGCCUGUCAGCUAUCGUGUCCGGCGUCGGAUUAGCAGUCUACGGCUUUGCCGACUUGGGCGGCUUCUGCAGCUACGGCAAGAAUGCGGGGCCGUUCAAGGAUCUCAUCCUCUUCGUACCACGCACUGUCACUUUCAUCAUCGUCAUCCUCAUUUACCUGAAACUCUUUGCAUUCUUCCGACGUAAAGACUCGCACGCCGUUCAUUCGUACGACAGUGGGCCCGCUGGCCAGUCCCUAGACGCUAUACCCGACUUUGACGAGGACGGCAAUCUCAAGCCAGAACGGAGCAGAAAGAUGUCGCUCGCCAGUCUGCAGCAUUGGUACAUCUCUGCCUCGAUCAGAAGAGGGAGCUCCUCUUCUGUCCGUAAGGAGAGCAAAGACAGCGACGCGACACUCGUCGAACCUUCCGCCACCAGCGCGUCCAUCAGGUCGUCGCCAACGACAUCGACCGCGUUUCAGCACACGAUGGAGAAGACUGCUUCUGCCAUGUCUGCGCGAGACAAGCACGAUCUCGCAUCGCGGCAGAGGUGGUCGACGUAUAGCUUCACGCCCGGGCCUGCCGUUCUUGAGACGAGCGAAGCAGUACCGGACUCGCCCAUCGUCAGUCCGAAGCAUGCCGUACACAGCGCAGGCGUCAUAGAAUCGUCUCCUGAGCCCGGGCUGAAGGAGUAUACGCCAGGCAGUAUACCCAUGUCGCAUCGAACGGGUACAUUGCCUAGCAGCGACAGUAUGUCACGAGGCAUGUCAGAUUCAGUUCGCCGCGGAUCCCUAUCUGCGAUACCUGCGAGAAUACUAGCAGAAGCCGGUCUCUCGCCUGUCAUGGCGGCGCCGCCAAUACCCUCAUCGCAAGAAAUCCUCGAAUUUGGUGAUCGUGAACGGAGGCGGUCCUCUGCGCCUACGCUCGAUCAUGACAAGAUAGAGGAGGACGAUAUGAAAGGCAUGUCAUUUUCCGAGGCGCUCAAUGCGCCGACCAAAAACACAAAGGGCGUGCUGCAAGAUGUCGACGAAGCCAAUGUGAAGCCGAGAAUGAGUGCGCAGGAGAUGAACAGGCGGGCGAGCAUGCUCAUGCUGCUCUAUCCUGCUGCUUAUAUCAUCUUGUUCUCGGUCUCGCUGGGACGCUUGAUCAACAAUCUUGCCAAUCACGGUCAAGGCAAUUCUGACUUGCAAGCAGCCAGUCGAUGGCUUGUGUUCUUGCAAGGAUUUGUGGAUGCGCUCAUCUACCUCAUCAUCGAAUGGCGAUUUCGUGCAGCCGCAAAAGGUAGAACGUAAGGGGUUCCUCUUCGCAGUGGUGUGGUUCUGUGUCAGUAGCAGUCUCUCUGUCUUGCUGUCAUAUGCCUUGUUGUCAUUGAUCACAUGUAUUGCUGGCUACAACCU